AUGGGUUUUCUGAACGCUGUUGGGAAUGUUGGUUUGGCCUUAUCGGUUGCUCAGGUUGCAACUGCUUCUUUUUACAUCUAUCUUGAGUGGUAUGCACACGGUAAAUGGACGGGUCAUCCUGGAAUGCAAGAGAUGAAAAAAAUUGCAGAGAAUAUUUCUUCCUCCUCCUUCUCUACGGCAUCAACUAGUUCAGAUGAGUUGGAAUUUCUUCGAAGUCAUCCUAGUCCAGAAGGCGUGGCCUCCAGCAUUGACAAGGAAUUCCGAAGGAUGGAAAAGUUUGUCGCCUUUGCUGGCCGCGGUCUCACCUCCUCCUGGUCAGGUCGUCGAAUUGUCGUAACACCCUCAUGGAUCCUCUUCUCGCAUCGCACAACCUUCCUGCCGAUCUGCCAACUUCUAGGUCACUUGGGAGCUGUUGUUGUGGGAACGCGGUGUAUCAAUAAUCAGAUAGCGUCAUUAGGGGAGGAUGAGGAACAGGAACGGGCGGACCCAAUGCUUGGUAGCGGUGUGGUUAUGGCAACCAUCAGAAUUGCGGAUAUGGAUAGCGGGGCCUGUAUGCUCUCGUUUGACCUCCCAGCGAGUGAAUUAGAAAAUUUUCGCCUCUAUCUGUGCUGCCCAUUGGUCUACGCACAGGGCGUUUCCCUCGAACCAAGCAUAAUUCAACGUUUUCUGGAGGCAUUCUCCGCAGUCGUUCAGGAAAAUGAACCAAUUGAAAUCCCUCCCAGUAUGGAGCUUGAGCGAUGUAUCGGAUGUCUUAGCAAUCAGACAAGCGUAGCCAUCCGUCGCAGCUGUGCAGGCGAGUGCGGAUCCUGUCGGUGUCGGCCAAUGUGGUGCGAGAUGUGUGUGGGUAGAUGGUUUGCAUCGCGACUGGCUCAAUCGCAUGUGCCAACUUCGGAAUGGGUGGCUUCUCGAGUGCCCUGUCCCACCUGUCGAAGCCUCUUUUGCGUUCGUGAUGUGAUUUCCUUGAAGCGCGCACAAUAUUGA